CCCCUGAGGACUUUUGAUAUUGCUGAACUUAUUUGUAAUUUGUCAUCUCUUUGUUACCUUAAAGCUAAGUGUAUAAUUGUAAAAUAUGUUUUUCUUCUACUCUGCAGUGCUUCACAUGUAGUGGUCUCUCUCGUGAAAAACUAUCCAAAUUAUCUGAUUAUAAAUUUAGAUAAGCUCGACUACUGUGCAAGCUUGAAGAAUCUUGAAACUGUCUCUGGGAAGGAAAACUACAAGUUUAUCCAGGGGGAUAUUUGUGUACCUGAUUUUAUAAAACACCUCUUUGAAACUGAGAAAAUAGAUAUAGUCCUUCAUUUUGCAGCCCAAACACAUGUAGAUCUUUCAUUUUGGCAUGCCCUGGAAUUCACCUACGUGAAUGUUUAUGGCACUAAUGUGCUGGUUGCUGCUGCACAUGAAGCCAAUGUGGAGAAGUUUGUCUAUGUUAGUACAGAUGAAGUAUAUGGAGGUAGCACUGAUGGGGAAUUCGAUGAAUCUUCACCAAAACGUCCAACAAAUCCCUAUGCCUCCUCUAAAGCAGCUGCAGAGUGUUUUGUUCAGUCUUACUGGGAAAGGUACCAAUUUCCAGCUGUUAUCACACGGAGCAGUAAUGUUUAUGGACCACAUCAGUAUCCAGAAAAAGUUAUUCCAAAGUUUAUAUCUCUGUUGCAACAGAACAGAAAAUGCUGUAUUCAUGGUUCUGGACUUCAAAGAAGGAAUUUCCUUUAUGCAACUGAUGUGGUAGAAGCAUUCCUUACUGUCCUGAAGGAGGGGAAGCCAGGUGAAAUUUAUAACAUUGGAACUAACUUUGAGAUGUCCAUUGCCCAGCUUGCUAAGGAGCUAAUCCAUUUAAUAAAGAAGACCAGUUCAGAAUCUGAAAUGGAGCACUGGAUGGAUUAUGUCAAAGACAGCAACAAUGAGUCUCUGCUUACUUUAGAUAUCACUCUCUCCAGAGUGAUUAGAAAUGACGUGUCUACUGAUAGCAGGCCUACAAAUGACCUGAGAUAUCCAAUGAAUUCAGAAAAGAUGCACAACUUAGGAUGGAGCCCUAAAGUGCCUUGGAAAGAAGGAAUAAAGAAAACAAUUGAAUGGUACAAAGAAAACUUUCACAACUGGAAAAACUCGGAGAAAGCUUUGGAGCCUUUUCCUGUGACAGAGCCAUUUGCACAACUCAGUGGUCCAUAGGGUGGUGCAGAACCUGAAGGAGUUUUUUCUACCUCAUAUGAUCUCUUCUUCAAAGCCUGCAAUCAAGUGGCUGCACUGGAGUCUGAAUGUUUUCAAGAUACAUGUGAUGAGUACAGAGCUACAGUGUGGCACAACUUUGGAACAGUUUCAGCUUUUGGUGCAAUACUCUAUUCUCACUAGGUAUUGAUUUUAAAGACCUGCACAGAGUGAAGCAUAUUUAUAAUGCUAUAAAGUAAUGUAACUGAAGUAAAAUCUGCCUUAUUAACUAAGAAUAAUUAAUUGCAAUUAUAGCUUUGGGACUUUCAGUUAGAUUCGUUUUAGUUGUGAAAUUGUUUGUCUGUAUUAGUUUGUUUUUACAGUGUAAUAUAUUAUUUUUAAUCAAGAGGAGAAAUGUUAUAUUUUUUUGCGAGUCGAAAUGAGUUGAUAAAAGCUAGACAUGGCACCUGUAUUGUUCUGUCCAUUUCUCUUGGUGCAAUAUUAACUUCUGUAGAUGGCUGAUUAAACUGUUACCUCCUGUAUAACUUUAAAUGCCUCUUUUUAAGGAGAGCAAGGGGGAAAGGUGUCAAGAAGCAGCAGGUGUUCUUGCUGAGAUUUCCAGAAGCAUUUUCUUAAACUUUGUCCUCUUUUUACUGUAUUACUGUCUUUUACAUGUUAAUUUCCUUUUCUUAAAUGUAAGUGUAACAAACUUGAAAUACUGGAACACAGUUAACAUUCCAGUGAUAUUAUGUCCUGUGAUAUGAAGGCUAUUUAUAGAGAAAAUGUUUUUAGAUACUUCUUUUUCUGUGAAUUGUGGGUUGGCAGACCUUAUUCAAUGCAGUGUUUCACACUUUUUUUUUUCUGUAACAUUUUAAAGAUAAAACAAUAUUUGAAUUUUAAUGUAAAAUUUGGAAAAAAACUUCAAUUCUAGAAAUAUGUCAGUGAAUCUUUUUCGAAGUUGAUUCAGUAAUAAAAGUCAUGGUGUAACUGGUUUCUCUUAAUUAAGAAAAA